ACACACACAGCCCUCAGAGAGGGUGAGUACAUGAGUCACCUUUGUGGAAAAAGCCAGAAGAUUACAGUGGUCUCUGUCUUGGACAACCCCAAGCAGGUGUGAGGUCCCUGGCCUGAAGAGCUGCCUCCCUUUUCUUGACCAGCCAAGAUGCCCGGUGCCCAUGAGGGACAGGCCAGCCUGACCGUGCACGGCCCUCCUGCGGUCCCUCCCACUGGCAUGGAGUUGGGCCGCCACUCUGUCACCACAGAGGCCCACAUUCAGCCGCAGAGAGGAUGGAGGCCCAGCAGGCCUGCUGCUGCCGUUGCCACGGACGUGGGCAGCAAGACACCUACACAUGUCCGGGGCACUCUUGCUCUGUGCAGCUUGGCUGACGGGCAGUCCUGGCUCGCCGGAAAACACACCGUACGCGCGCAGAAGCCGCCGCGGGCCUGGCUCAGCGGGGGUCUCAAGGGUGAGUGGGUCACUUGUCCCCACGAAGAUCUGGGACUGAGAGGAGAGUGCUCUGGGAGGACGGUCACGGUUGUGAGGGGCCCCUCCAGGAGGCUGCGACCCCAACCAGGAAGGGAGAGUUUCUGUGACAGAAGCAGCACCCAGAUGAGGUGAGACCUGGGGCUGGCAGGAGUGGAAAUCCAGGGGGACCCGGAGUACAGUCCUGUGGAGAGGCGGGAGGACAGGUGCUGGGACCAUUCUUGGCGCCUUGUCUGCUGCAAGGCUGUGGUUGCAGGCGCGGGACCUGCGCAGCUCUUGGGGGCAGGGGAGAGGCGGUAGUAAGUCUGGCACCGAGAGGCUGGAGGCAGGCCCAGUGGAGGAGGGCAGAGGAACAGCACCAGGGAGCUGGUUAGGUGGGAGGAAGUGGGGGCAGGACGGGCAGAGCAAGCCAGGGAGCUCUGCCAACAGACCCUUCUAGAAAAGAUUCUAGGGUGCGUGGAAGAGGAAGCAGGCCCAGGAGCCAGGGAAGCAGCAGGGAGCUCUGGAAAGGUGGGGCCCAGGAGGGUCCUGGGAGGAGGUGUGGAGACAGGCCCAGCCUGUUUGUAAGGCUAGCCCACUGGGGUCCUCACUGAUCCUGACCCCCUCUGCUAAGGGCACACAGCAGGUGACAGGGCCCGGGAAGCUAGAUUAUCCAUCCUGCUGUCCUGGAAGAAUGUGGCAGAUUUCCAAAUGAGAAGGGGUGGAGUGGGGAGUGCUGGGCACUGAAGUGCACUGAACCCCGAGUGGCCUUGCAGAGAGGACCUUCCUGGAACUCCCCCCGCCCCCCCAACUCCGGCUGCACUCCAAGUUCCUCUUUCUCAGGAGCUGGAAAGGUGGUCUGAGGCCUGGGCUGGAGGGCGGGAGCCAGACCAUUGUUCCCAGGUCUGCCUCCUCCCUGAAGGGAAGUCUCUGUUCCCAGGUUCCUGGACUUGCAAAACCAGAGUGUGCAAAAGGGAAGUGGAGUCACCACAGGGAACAGGAACCAAAGAAAGGCAGGCUGAGCCAGCCCCCACUGGAGGCCCUGUGUAGCCAGGAGGGCAGGCCUGGGGGAUCAGGGGCAUCCGCCUGGCUCCAGGUGCAGAAUGGUAGACAGCCGUUCUGGCCCGGACAACACCCCCCCCCCCCCCACCGGCCACCCUGGUGCUCAUCCUUUGGAAGGUCAGCUGUGACGUGAGCCAGGAGCUGCGAGGCCUGCACAGGCUUCACCAAACGCCUGUGACUAGGGUUUAGGCAGGACCGCCGCUAGCUCACGCACCAGACCCACGGACACGGGGCGGUUCUGGGAGUACAGUCGCUAUCCCUCCUGAGUACCUCCACCUGCUUCCCGCCCACCUGCGCCACAUGCCUGCAGCCCCUGUGCAGCGGGACCACCCGUGAUCACAGGGACCCACAUUCGGUUUGCACAGGGCAUGGGUGAGCCCAUCCUGAGGCGGGCAUGUGGCUGUCCAGUGGCCUCAGCGAUGGUGGUGUCACCCCAACACCUGGCCCCCCGCCUCCCUGCCAGCUGUUCCCUUCCCUGCCCUGCCUCUCAGCGCCAUCCUCCCAGACGGGAAUGAACACUCCUGCUUUGGCAAAUACCACAUGCCCAUGUUUAGAAAACAAAGUGGCUUCCCUAGAAGAAUGCUGGGACAAGAGAGCAAAGCUUGUCAUCAUCAGGCUGACAGAAAGCCAACAGCUGGCAUCCUCCGCCUGCAUACACAGGAGAACCAUGCACGGACGCGAACUCUGGCUUCUGAAAUCAAGUCAGUACGUUCUGUGUUUCCUGGCUAUCAGCAAGCAGAAACUCAGGCCUAUUUCAACUGAAGACCAAGCACUGAUGGCCACUGCCUGCUCUCCACACGACCUGUGAGCCAGGCCACACAGGCACGAGAACUGGGAAGGAAAUUCUAAACAGACUGUGCUCCACGUGACCGUUUCCCAAGAAUGGAGCCACUCUUGGCCCAGGAUGGCCGCUCGCCAGCGGCCCUUCCCUGCGGCCCCACGGGGCAGCCGUGGGCAGGCAGGACAGCAGCUCCCUGAGCCCCUGGCUGGGAGGGGACACGGUCAGUGGCUACCGGCCAGCAGCUCCUCUGUAGCCGUGCUCAGGCCAGCUGUGGGUGCCACAGCGACACAGGGAAGACAUCCGCCCUUCUUCCUGCCAGUCCCGAACCUGUCUUCAGCCAUUGCUGCCCCUUCAAAGAGCCCUGGGGCCCGUGCUGCAGGGCCGGCGGCCACAGCCCCUUUCCAUGGAGACUCGGUGUGGCCUCUGGUUCUGUGCUAAGUUGCCUCUCAGUUUCCUUGCUCAAGGGAAGAGGAACUUGUCACUGCACACGCCCUAUAUCCCAAGUGUCAGGAAUGGCUAUGUGAGCUCUGGGCAAGACUUGCCGCACCUGCCCCAUCACUCGGCACGGGCUGGGGUGCAGGGGGAAGGAACCUGGCACUCCUGGAACUGGUGCAACGGGGCAGGAGCCCGACCCGACGGUGCUGGCCCUUCCAGGCACAGCCCUCGUUCUGCGGAGCUGGCUGUAAACAGAGAUAGGGAGGGGCCGCUGGGCCUGCCAAGGGAGGCCAACACUGAGCGAUUUACUGAAGGAAAACAAGUGGCUUCCACGCUGGGCACGGAGUGCGCACACGCACCGUGCAGGAAGCCAGCGCCGCGAGGCUGCCGCUGAUAAGCACCCAGGGCGGGCGGGGGUGGUGGUGGUGUGUGUGUGCUGAGAAACACAGGAUUCUCCCUGUCGUCCAUGCUGCCGUGUUGCUCACGGGGUCUGCGGUCCAGGCGCACAGACACGGGCACUUAGAAUAGAGCCCAGCCCGCUGCCACCGCCAUGUGGAGUUGCAGCCCACUCAAUGGCACGGGUGGCACUGAGGACCACAGCCUCUGCCAGCACUUCCACCUGGUCCUGUCCCUCUUCUCUCUGCUCUACCUGGUCGUCGGCGUCCCCAUCGGCCUGGGCUACAAUGCCCUGCUCGUCCUGGUCAACCUGUAUGACCAGAGCAGCAUGACCAUGCCCGAUGUCUACUUCGUGAACAUGGCCGUGGCAGGCCUGGUGCUGAGCGCCCUGGCGCCCGUGCACCUGCUGGGCCCCACAGCCUCUGGCUGGGCCCUGUGGGGCUUCAGCAGUGAGGCCCACAUCACACUGCUGGUGCUGUUCAACGUCUCCUCCCUGGUGACCAUGUACUCCACAGCCCUGCUCAGCCUCGACUACUAUAUCGAGCGGGCCCUGCCCCGCACCUACAUGUCCAGCGUCUACAACACCAGGCACGUGUGCGGCUUUGUCUGGGGCGGGGCCCUGCUCACCAGCUUCUCCUCCCUGCUCUUCUACAUCUGCAGCCACGUGGCGGCCAGGAUCGUCGAGUGCUCCAAGAUGCAGGACACAGAGGCUGCUGAUGCCAUCAUGGUGUUCAUUGGGUUUCUGGUCCCCACCCUGGCUGUCCUCUAUGCGCUGGCGCUCAUUGCAAGGCUCCGCAAGGAAGACACGCCCCUUGACCAGGACACAGGGAGGCUGGAGCCCUCGGUGCACAGGCUUCUGGUGGCCACCGUGUGCACGCAGUUUGGGCUCUGGACACCUCACUACCUUACCCUCCUGGGGCACACGUUGCUAGCCUUGCGGGGGAAGCCCGUGGAUGGGCACCACUUGGGGAUUCUGCUCUUUGCUAAGGACCUGUCGAGAUUCCUGGCCUUCUCCAGCAGCUCUGUGAUGCCGCUCCUCUACCGUUACAUCAACAGGAGCUUCCCUGGCAAACUCCGGCGGCUCAUCAAGAAAAUGCACUGUGGGCAUCAGAGUUGCUCCCCAGACCAGGUGGGGGUACAGCAGGUGAUGGCAUAGACAGCCAGUCCCGGGGCCACCACCAGCACUCACUGCGGAGUCACCUGGCCGCUGGCUGAGGGUGCAUGCGCCUUGAGGCACGACCCACGCCCCCCUCCGGGGAGACAGGUGACUGACACUUGAGCUGGGUGCUCGGCACCGUGUCGCUGUCUUCCCCAGGAGGUCAAUGCGGCAAGAACAAAGGACAGCACUGGAUGUGUCCUCGCCAAGUCUGCUGUUGUUCCACAAAGGCCUCUCUUACACCAAGGCCACGUUGUUCAAAGCAGCAGGGGCCUGGUGUGAAGGGAAGCUGCAUCAGCCCACCUGCUUCUGCCCAAGGCCCACGCACUGCUCCAUCCCCGGGGCCACAUCCUCAGCUUCCUCCACACCGGGUCCCAGAACGACAAGAUGACAGUCAAACGCCAGUAUUUAUACUCUGUCUUGCUAUAACCCUUGAUUCCCUCUUUUACUUUACUUUUGUUCAUAGAAAGAAAGAUUUGACAGAAAAGUCGCAACAGUAUGAAAAUGAAGGAGGCAACACAAAAGAGCACCCUCUUCCGACGGGUGGGGGUGGGUGUGACGGCUGCAGGGUCGCGUGGGGGUGGCGGGGAGCAGAGGCGCACAGUGUCACACACAGAGGUGGUGUCAAGAUGUUUCCGAUGGAUGAAGCCAGCGUGGUAGCUGGUCUAAAUCGAGAGUAAAGUAGCUCACGGUUCUCUCCUUGCCUGCUGAAUGCACCCACUACCCCUGCUGCCCUCAUGGGUGAUCUCAGCUGACCUUUAGAGCUCGACUCCCCACUGUGGGCACCAGACGGAACAAUAAAAAUACACAGAAGAGAGGAAAAGGCCGUUAAUGCUAAAGCUGGAAGGAACUGCCCAGGGGAGAGACAGGCCUGGACAACUGAGCCUCGUGGGGUGCAGGGGCGGAGUAUGGGGCCACUACCACCACCUUGCCCGUCAGGUCCUCCGUGGCCUCUGCCACGGGGAGCCCAAAACCUGCCUAGAUUCUUCUACACCGUGGCCCGUAACCAUUAGCUUUACAACUGUGCAAACAGAAGGCCCUGCCCCUCACACCAUCACAAUACACCCCAGGCCUGCAGCCCCUAACUCCCAACUCUGAAACCCACCAAACUCUAAAAACGGGAAGAUCUGUUUUUCAGGUUUGCAGGAAGUUCAUUUGGUAGCAAACCCUGACCUCCAGUGGUAGGAGGGCACUUUUCUGCAGAAAGAGGAGUGUGAUUACGGGGGCCCUGCCCCAGCAUGCAAUACACGCGGCGUGUUAACUAACUGUGUGUGUGCGUGUGCAGAAAACCGGUCCACAGAAGUGGUUUGCUAAAAGGAAAAUCAUAAACAUGCACAUUCCUUAAAAUGUGGUUUAUGUUUCAACCGAAAUUUUCCUGCCAUUUACGGCUACAGAGGAACAGGGCUGGGAAUUGGUAAUAUGGUAACUCCACCCUGCUUUUAGGGCUGUGCAUCCAGAAAAAAAACACCUGCUUUGUUUUUGGUCAUUGCUCGGUAAUGCACCCUAUUUAUUUAUUUAUUUUUUAUUUUUAUCUCUUCACUCCCCUUCACCCAUUCUCCAACCACCCACACCCCUGCCAACCACCAGUCUGUUGCUUCUCUGACCUUGGUUUUUUUUUUUUUUUAAGAUCCCCCAUAUAAGUGAGAGCCUAUGGUGUUUGUCUUUCUCCGUCUGACUUAUUUCACUCAGCACAGUGGCCUCCAGGUCCGUCUGUAUUGUUGCAAGUGGCCAGACUUCAUUCCUUUUUAUGGCUGUUGUUCCCUAGUGUGUGUUACGCGUGUGUUUAUGCCCCCCGCCCCACGUCUUCUGUGUCCACUUGUCCAUUGAGGGACACUUAACCACUUCUGUGUCUCGGCCAUGGGGAGUAAUGCUGCACUGAACAUGGGGGCGCAGACAUCUUUCCGGUUAGUGGUUUUGUAUCCUUCAGGUAAAUACCCACAAGUGUGAGGACUAGAUCGUAGGGGAGUUCUCUUUCCUUAACUUCUGGGGAACCUCUGUGUUGACUGAGUGGCUGUACCAGUUUGCAUUCUCACCGAUGGUGCACAAGGGUUCCCUUUUCUGCACAUCCUCAUCAGCUCUUCUCUCAUCUUCUUGAUGACGGCCACCCUAACAGGUGUAUGUGGGGGGUCCCCCUCUGUGGUUCUGAUGUGCACCUGCCCGGUGGUGAGGGGCGCAGAGAGCCUUUCAUGUAUGUGUUGGCUGUCCGUGUUCUUUGGAGAAAUGUCUCUUCUGACCUUCUCCGCAUUUUGUAAUCAGAUUUUAUUUUGCUACUGAGUUGUAGGGGUUCUUUAUGUAUUUUGGAUAUUAGUUCCCUAGUGGAGAUAUUAACAUACUAACUUGUGAUAACCUGAAAACUUCUGAGUUCUGACACAUCUGGUCUGAGGAUAACAGAGUGUGGCUCGAUUUUUUGCCACAUUCCAUGCGGGGAAGUUGCUCCAUUUGGUCCUGGUCUCUUGGGAAAUUUAGCCCGUGACUUGGUUGCCAUUGUUUUUUCCAUCUGCAUAAUGUAUCCCCUCUAGGAUGCUGGGAUGGGACUGAGUGAAGAGUCUGCCUGUGCAGGAUCCGGAAAGUACACUGGAUGGCAGGGCCCUGGCCCUGCUCGGCCCUGCCAGCCGUGAAAGUCCGGACCACUUCUGUGGGGCCCUGGCAGUAGAUCUGGGGCAGAAGAAGACAGGUCUCGGGGUUGCUUCUGUCAGGAAUGUGCUAGUUCUACCCAAGGGUGCACCCCCCCCCCCAACUGCUGCUGCAGGUCUUCAGAUGCACUGGAGUUUCUUUUCAAAUCCUGAAAGCCUCAGGCCUGACCCCCUCCACCCUACUCCAGCUGUGAGCUGAACUAUGGGUAGUCCCGAGGCCAUGGCUCCCCUGGGAAAGUCUGGUGUUCCUAAGUGACCAGUGUGACGGCAUGGGUCCCAACACUGCAGCCGUAGAACCUCUCACCUCCAACAUGCCUGCUACUGCUGGACCUCUAGUUCUGUCCCAGCUGGCAGUCAGACCCCAGACCGGGGUCCACCACACACAGCCAGGCUCUUUGAUUAGGAAGCCAGCACCGUUAUUAGUGGAAACGGGAUCCAGCGGGUGGGCUGGUUUGUAGUGGCAGUGCUAUUUCAAAUAAAAAGACCCUUUUCCUUGCUUACCUGUUCUGCUCUUUGCUUGAGGAGAAAGAGCUCCUAGGAGAGAGGGAAAUACCAACAGCAUAGAGCAGAGUGGCAGAGUCCCUCACCCCAGCUGAGGUCCCUCAAACAGGAGAGGGAUCUAAAAUUAUUGAUUUGUUUUCCAUUUCUCAGUGUCUCUGGUUGCAAACUGGCUUGUUUCUGGUGACCUCCAGACCCCCCUUCUGGGGGCCUGAGAGGGUCUUGCCAGGGAUCCCUCCCCCCAUCCCAACACCCACGUGUGCUGGUGAUAGAGGGCCCCCGAGGCACGUGGCAGCCUGGCAGCUUUUCCUGGUGGAGCACAGGCCCAAGGCAGGCUGGGGCUCCCGUGCAGACCCUUACCUCUAAUGGAGACCCCCACCACUAGUUCUGCAGCAUACCCAGGUCUCACAGAUGUGAGACACGCUCUUCUCCCUGCUGGGGACACCUCUGCCACCAACCCCACAUGCUGCAGAACCUACUGUCCAUUUCACAUUUCUUCAUCCACAUUCUUGUGCUAAAUUCAUCUUGGAUCAAUCUGCUGUGAUCUGACACUUCUCUUCCAGGUAUGGGAGCUUCCAGCGCUUCUGCGAACUUGCCAAAAAAAUGGAAAGACUUUUGGGCUGAGAUAAGAAUGAGGAACUAUUUGGAAAAAGCUAAAGUAGACUGUGAACUCAAUGCUAAAUAAAGAUUACAUAUAUAUUUUAAUUGACCAAUCUGUAUUUCUCCCAGUGAAACGUUAUGUUCCAAGCUCAUUAAUUUUAUUAAUCCACAAACACACAUCUAUCUUGCCAUGCUUAAAGUUCCAAAAGAUGAGCUUAAUCUUAGGUUUAUUUCGUGAAGGUUAUAGAAUUUAUCAUAGGAAACCAGAUGUGCUGCUAUUUGGGACAGACAUGUUGAUAAGUCAACAUUCUUUUAUAGAAAGCACCUGAUAAAGGAUAAACCUGGAAUAAAUGCUUAAGAUGCUAAAUUACAAGUCCUGUUCUUAAUUUAAAAUCAGUUGGAGAAUUUGGGGGCUUUUUCAUUUCUCAUCUGUUAAAUCUUAUGAUGUACCCAUUGGCCUAAAAUUCUACAUAAAUGAGGAAGAAAAACCUGUUAAAGAAAAAACCCACACAUUUGAAGAUUUAAAUUAUUUGAUACGUAUUACCCAAUUUUGGAAUUCUUCAAAUGUAUUUCCAGGGGCAUAGGACAUAGAUCAGAACGUAUUAACCUAAAAUCGGCAUUUCCCCUAGUGACACAGAUCCUGCCAUCUCUAGUUGUUUCUCUAUAGCUCCUCGGUUACAAUGACGGUAAUAUGACCGUUUGUGGCCAGCCUCAGAUGGUAGCAGAGUGUGCUGCGAACACCACCGCACAGGUUGCCCAUGAAGGCCAGCAGAGACAGCCUUAUGACUUUUGCAAAUGUUACUCUUCCCUGAGAAUAAAAAUUUAAAGAUUCCUGACCACAUCCUGAGGGCUGAGGACAGAAUGAGUGUCCUGGUGGCCCCAGCAGUUCUGGGGUGUGUGUGUGUGUGUGUGUGUGUGUGUCCCCCUCGGCAAGUGGUCAACAUGCUGUGCACACAGUGAGCUCUCAUAAAGCUGAAAAGUGACUGAGUUAUCCAGGAAUGAAAGAAUUUGAAGAUACCUAUAAUAUCUUAAUAAAUAAGAUACAGUUUAAA